AUGUCAAUCACACUGACCACCGACAACCGAGUGGCAAUGUGGCUGCUAUCGCCGAUCGCGCUGCAGAUUCUGGACUACCUCGACGACGCCGACGACGCACACGCCUUUCUUCAAGCGGCGCCCAAUGGCAGCCUUGAUGACGCGCUCGACGCGCUCCGGACGCUCUUGGCUAUGGACGUGGAGCUGUCGCUUUGGCCCACGCCAUACGCCGAAUGUCUGGAUGAAGUCUACAGCAUCAGUGCCAGCGUCGUCACAAGGGCGCUUCCUCUCUUCAGAGAGAUUGUUGUCACGCGCGCCCAGGACCAGGCGGCGAUCUGUCAUUCCACAGAACUGGCACCAACGACGACCGUGCGCUGUGACGUUCAGGGUGCCACCAGCGUCCGCGCAGCCCUUGGCAAGUGGCUUCCAAACCUCGUGGAUCUCAGAGUCACGAGCGAUUUCCCUCUGGACGUUGCGGCAGUCCUCACAGACAGCGUCUCGACGUGUCAUGGCCUCCGAGCGGUGACCAUGCGCCAGUCAGAAAACCUAGAACAAGCCGCGUUUGACGCUGCGCUGACCGCUGUCCUUGCAACAUGCUCCCAGGUCGAGCGUAUCUGGGUUGGCUCGUCGAGUUUAUCGCCCAUGUCCGACUGCAAGUCCCUCGUUGCGUGGCUGGCGCUACCCACCGCGCGUCACCUCGAGCUGGAAGGGACCGACUUUUACGACGAGGUCGGCGUAGAGCUGGCGGUGGCCAUGCUCGCAUCGAGUACGCUCGAGACAACCAAUUUGUCUGCAGUCCCGAGCCUCACGCGUGCGAUUUUGAGUCCGUCGUCGCCGCCGCUGCCGUCGCAACUGCGUCACCUGAUAAUUUUUGACUACGCGCUCAAAAACGACUACGAUUUCAACGACGACGACGACGACGACGACGUCGAUCCACCGACAGCGCUUGGUGAAGCCGAUGUGGCCGCGCUCGCCGCCAAGAUUUCACGUUCGCGCCUUGAAAGCUUGGAUGUGUGGCUGCAAGACGGUUGCGAUGCGACGCCAGUCGUUUCCGUCUUGCCGCAGCUACCGGCGCUGACCAAACUUGCGCUUCAGGCGGUGCAUCUGACCUGGUUCCCAAAACUGCGCCACCUCUGGCAUCUCGAGCUGUUCUCAGUAACGUUCUCAGACGCGGCCAUCGAGUCGCUGGCUGCGUUUCUUGGGUCGUCGCCAAAGACCGUGCAGCUGGAUCUGGGAUGCGACCCGCUCCCAGAUCCACACGCCAACAUCAUCUUUGGUGCGCUACCGCAAUGGCUCAGUCGCCGAGGUACGGCGUGCGAGAUCCGUCUUGCAAUCAAGAGCGAUGUGUGUGCGGAAGCUUUUGCGACUGCGCUCGCUCAGACGCGCAAUUCACACACGGUCAAGAUCACGAUUGCCAGUGCUGGUCUCUCGCUUGCCGCCAAGCAGCAACUGGUCGCGGCGCUGGCGUUGACGUCGCGGAUGACGCUGGUGUUUAGUAGCGGAGGCCAUCGUUGUGCCGAGGACGACGCGAUACUGGAAGCAUAUGGUCGAAAGCACCAUCUCUAUGGCAAGCAGCACUUUCAUGGUGGCGCCAAGUCGAUUCGUUUCCACUCGCCUUGCACCGUGGUGCGCUAAGCUUGAAACAUUGAUACUUCUCUUUUCAAGGUG